AUGGGACGCCAGCUCUGGGAUAUCUGCUAUCUCUUCUUCCUGGCGCAGGGCCUGGCUGAGAACUCGGACUUCCACCUGGCAGGAGAUUACCUCCUAGGUGGCCUCUUCAGUCUCCAUGCCAACAUAAAAGGCACGGUCAACCUCAACUUCCUGCAGGUGCCCCAGUGUAAGGAGUAUGAAAUGAAGGUGUUGGGCUACAACUUCAUGCAGGCCAUGCGCUUUGCUGUGGAAGAGAUCAACAACCACAGCACCCUUCUGCCAGGGGUGCUGCUGGGCUACGAGAUGGUGGACAUCUGCUAUACCACCAACAACAUCCAGCCUGUGCUCUACUUUCUGGCGGGGGAAGACUAUUUCCUGCCAAUCCAGGAGGACUACAGCCACUAUGUGCCCCGUGUGGUGGCUGUCAUUGGCCCUGACAACUCUGAGUCUGCUAUAACUGUGGCCCACUUCCUUUCCCUUUUUCUGCUUCCACAGAUCACCUACAGUGCCAUCAGCGAUCAGCUCCUGGACAAGCAGCUCUUUCCAUCGGUGCUCCGCACGGUGGCAGGUGCCCAUCACCAUAUCGAGGCCAUGGUGCAGCUGAUGCUCCACUUCCACUGGAACUGGGUCGUGGUGCUGGUGAGCAGCGACGACUACGGCCGCGAGAACAGCCAGCUGCUCUGGGAUCGCCUGGCCCAAGGCCACAUCUGCAUUGCCUUCCACGAGGUACUGCCCAUGAACCAGGCCAAGACAAGGCAGGACCGCCGGCGCCUGGAGGCCAUCGUGGACAAGCUGCUGCAGAGCACGGCGCGCGUGGUUCUGGUCUUCUCCCCAGACCUGGUCCUGCGCGAUUUUUUCCGCGUGGUGUUGCGCCGCAACCUCACGGAUACCGUGUGGAUUGCCCCCGAGUCCUGGGCCAUCGACCCGAUCCUCCAUGAUUUCUCUGAGCUGCGCCAAGUGGGCACCUUCCUGGGCAUCACCACCCGGAGCGUGCCUGUCCCAGGUUUCAAAGAAUUCCGCCUACGCAGGACCCAGGCCACAGCACACACAUCUGUGACCAGCAAGGGGAGCACCUGCAACCAGGAGUGUGACAAGUGCCAGAACACCACCAUGACCUUCAAUAGCAUACUUACACUCUCCAGGGAGCGCACGGUCUACAAUGUGUACUCAGCUGUCUAUGCAGUGGCACAUGGGCUGCACCGCCUUCUGGGCUGCACGGAGACUCACUGCUCCAAGGAUGUGGUCUAUCCCUGGAGGCUCCUUCAGGAGAUCAAAAAGGUCAACUUCACCCUCCUGGGCCAGCAAGUCUCCUUCAACCACCAGGGGGACCUGCCCCUGAACUUGGAAGUUAUUCAGUGGCACUGGGACGACAGUCACAACCCUUUCUGGAGCAUUGGAACCUACUAUCCCUUGCAGCGUCAGCUAAAGCUCCUCCACCAAGUCUCCUGGCAUACCCCUAACAACACGGUCCCUCUAUCCACAUGUUCCAAGGACUGUGAGCCUGGACAGAGUAAGAAGCCUGUGGGCAUCCAUCCCUGCUGCUUUGAGUGUUUUGACUGUCUUCCCGGAACCUUCCUCAACAAAACAGCAGAUGAAUAUGACUGUCAGCCCUGUCCAAGCAACACGUGGUCUCACAGGAAGGACACAUCUUGCUUCCCACGGCAGCCAGUCUUCCUUAAGUGGCAUGAAGCACCCACCAUCUUUGUGGCCAUGCUGGCAGCCCUGGGCUUCCUCAGCACCCUAGCCAUGCUGGCUAUCUUCUGGAGGCAUUUCCAGACACCUGUGGUUCGCUCUGCUGGAGGACCCAUGUGUUUUCUGAUGCUGAUGCCACUACUGGUGGCAUAUGCCAUGGUGCCCUUGUAUAUAGGGCUGCCCACGGUCCGCAGGUGCCUCAGCCGCCAGGUCCUGUUCCCCAUCUGUUUUACCAUCUGCAUCUCAUGUACCACCGUGCGCUCCUUCCAGAUCAUCUUCGUCUUCAAGAUGGCCCGCCGCUUCCCACGUGUCUAUAACUACUGGGUUCGCUACCGUGGACCUUACCUGUUUGUGGCUUUUGUUGUGUUGCUCAAGGUGGUCAUUGUGGUGGGUAACAUGCUGAGCAAGCCCAAUAGCCUCUCUGCCCGGGCUGACCCCAGUGAUCCCCAAAUCAUCAUCCUCUCCUGCAACCUCAACUACAGUAAAAUUCUGUUGGUUAACACCAGCCUGGACCUAUUCCUCUCCAUGGUGGGGUUCAGCUUUGCCUACAUGGGGAAAGAGCUGCCCACUAACUACAACGAGGCCAAGUUCAUCACCUUCUGCAUGACCUUCUACUUCAGCUCCUCUGUCUUUCUCUGCACCUUUAUGUCUGUGUAUGAAGGGGUGCUCGUCACUUUCCUGGAUUUUAUGGUCACUGUACUUAACUUCUUGUGUGUCAAUCUGGGCUUCUUUGGCCCCAAGUGCUACACGAUUCUCUUCCACCCUGAGCGCAAUACCCAAGCCUACUUCAACAGCAUGAUUCAGGGCUACACCAUGGGGAGAGAUUAG